CCCCAUGGGGGCGUGGCCGUGCCACGGUGGGCGGGGCAGCGAUCGCGCGGCCAUGGCGGUUUUGGGGUACUGGGACAUCCACGGGCUCGCCCACGCCAUCCGCCUGCUCCUGGAGUACACGGAGACGCCCUAUGAGGACAAGCUGUACAGCUGUGGGGAAGCUCCCGACUACGACAAGAGCCAGUGGAUCAACGAGAAGGAGAAGCUGGGCCUCGACUUCCCCAACCUGCCGUACUUCAUCGAUGGCACCACCAAACUGACCCAGAGCAACGCCAUCCUGCGCUACAUCGCCCGCAAGCACAGCCUGUGUCAGUGCGGCUGCCGGGGCUGCAGGGGGGACAGGGGGCACAUUCCUAAGGAGCUCUAA